AUGCAAACUCCACAAUCACUAACAAUGGAUCAAGCAUGCUCGACUUCAUCCUUAGAGAUCUCUUCAAAAGUUAAAUUCGCUCUUGAGGCUAGUGUUACAGAAGUUGAAAUUUCUGACACUGUUCAAAACUUGAGAAAGGACAACCCAAAAAAGCGUAGACGUCUCAUUCUAACUGGUGACGAUGAAGAUGAAGAAGAGAAGGCUGAAGAUGUCCAGCAGGAAAAUGUCAAUCAUCAACCUCUUAAGUGUAAUGAACCAAUGGUGAAGGAUUGGGUAAACACUGAAUAUUAUUAUGUGGAAGAGGCUGUACAAACUGGAGACUUUAAUGACAAAAAUCUCAUAAAUGCUAGGUCAAUGAAGCGGAGGAGAAGAUACAUAGUUGAAAAUGAAGAGGAAGACGAUAUCGAAGGUGCUGAGUCUGCUCUGAACAAUGCUUCAAAGUGGUCUUUAAAUGACAGUGCAAAGAUGGCGUCACAAACUCCAGUUGCAACAGACCAUUCUCUCCAAUCCAGACCAUCUGAUUCAGAAUAUGCCGAUCGACAAUAUCAUAUUUGUUUGCAACCCCUUGAUGAGCCUGUUUGGAGGCAAAAUGAGGAAUUAACCAGACUUAACAGAAUUAUCAAGAGUGAUGAUGCCUUACAGGUUACUGUUGGUAUUGCGGAGUUACUGAUUUUCCCCUCUGUCCUAUUGGCAGAACAAUAUCAUCGGGAAAGGCAACAUCAAGAACAUGAUCUUUUGGACCAACAAGAUGAAGCAUUGUAUGACUUAUUAAACAAAGAAACUUUUGCUGUGAAGCAUGUUGUGGAUGCUGAGGAUCAACUGCAGGUGGAGGGUGACCCUGAGGGCACUAAAAGGUGGACCACUAUACUUAUGAGGUGCAGUUUUAAAAAUAAUAUCAUGGCAGCUGGAGUUCUGUCAGAUGACGCAAAAGACAAGGUCCGUUCUCUUGGUUUCGGUGACUUGCUGGAUCUCACCGUAGAGAGCCUUCAAAGCAGAGAAAGAAUCGUAUGGCUGGCAGAAAGAUGCGACGUUAGCUCUGAGGGCGAAAGAUUUGUCAUCAAAAUUAACCCUGGCAAAUCACUGGAGAUCACACCAGAGUUGGUGCAUGAUAAACUUGGUAUCCCUCGCGGUUGCGGGGACAAUAACAGUUGCCUGUUGGGUAGCAAGCUAACUGCUAAAGAAAAAAUGAAUGAAUACAAGAAACUAUGUAAUGAGAUGAAAGAAGCUGGUUUUGUGGUGGAUUUUGCGAUCAAGCCAAAGACCAAAGAUGGUAAGAAGCCCAGAAAAGAGAAAGAAACAAGGAUCAAACUGGAUAUUUUCAUCCAGUACAUGAAGGGAAUCAGGGAUGUCGAUAAGCAAGUCAAAUGUUUCUUGUGUAUUUUGAUGAACCGGCUUCUGCUGCCCACUACUUCUGAUUACAUUACAGGUGAGAACAUAGCUUUUUGUUCUGACCUGGAAAGGAUGGAAAAGCAGGAUUGGUGCAAGAUCGUUUGUCAACGUCUGAAGGAUGGUAUCUCAGAAUGGAUGCGAAAGAAAGGAAAAGAAAAUGCAUCAGAUGCAGUCCCUACGGGUUGCACAGCUGUGCUGCUUAUAUCGUACCUAGACAGUCUUCUCCCGGAGCUUGGACAGGAGAAACCACACAUCAAGCACUACAGUAAAGAGAAACUUAUGAAGAUGCUAGCACAAGCAAAUGAAAAAGAUAAAAUGGAGAAGUGCAAGAAGGAUAAAAAAGAGAAUGAAAAAGAUAAAAUGGAGAAGCACACGAAGGAUAAAAAUGAGAAGUGCAAGCAGAAGAUGUAUGAUAACCCAAAACACAAGGUACAGAAGCAAGCAUGCAUGUUCUUUCUUCCUGUAAAUCCUGUCUUUACACGUGCGGCCUUUCCUUUCAGGAAUCGGAGCAGGACAUAG